UCGCGAUCUUCAUGGCAUUCCAAACUCCACAGCUGGAGGUCUUAGGUUUAACAACAAUAUUUGGUAAUGUUACUACAGAAGAUGCCACUUGCAAUGCUUUGAUCCUUGGUGAGAUUGCAGGAUAUCCUGAUGUUCCUGUGGCAGAGGGUAGCCCUGAGCCUCUAAAGGGUGGAACACCAGAUGUUGCAUACUUCAUUCACGGUUCAGAUGGAUUAGGGAACACAAAUUUACCUCCUCCAAAAUCCAAGAAAAUUGAGAAGACUGCAUCAGAAUUUUUAGUGGAUAUGGUUUCUGAAUAUCCUGGCCAAGUAUCUAUACUGGCACUUGGACCAUUGACAAAUUUGGCUUUGGCUGUCAAAAAGGACUCAUCCUUUGCAAGCAAGGUGAAAAGAGUGGUCAUCCUUGGCGGAUCUUUCUUUGCAUUGGGAAAUGUCAAUCCUGCUGCUGAAGCAAAUAUUUAUGGGGACCCAGAAGCAGCUGAUAUUGUGUUUACAUCUGGGGCAAAUAUUGUUAUUACUGGCAUAAACAUUACAAGACAAGUCAUAAUGACAGAUGCUGACCUUGAUGAAUUGAGGCAGUCUGAGGGAAGACAUGCUCAAUUGUUAAGCACUAUGUGCAAAUGUUACAGAGAUUGGCAUGUUGAGUCUCUUGGAGUCUAUGGGAUUUUCCUCCAUGACCCAGUCAGUUUUGUGGCACUAGUUCGACCCGACCUCUUUACAUACAAGAAGGGGGUUGUGCGAGUUGGAACAGAGGGGAUAUAUAUGGGGCACACACUCCUGGACCAUGAACAAAAGUACAUUUAAAAGACCAAGGAUACUCUGUUC